AAGGAAAAUGUUGGACGAGUGCCUAACGUCGACGACUCGAUGCAGACCGGGAAUUGCUUCCGAUGCCGUCAGCCUGGUCACUGGAUCAGCGAUUGUCCUCUCAAAAAGGCCGAUGAUACUCCUCCGCGGAUUCACUGCCCUUGCGGCGGCGGUGUCUGUUAUUUCAAAGUCUCAACCACCCGAGAAAACCCCGGAAAGAAGUUCUACAAGUGCCCUGCGACUCAGAGCUGCAAUUUCUUCAAAUGGUGUGACAAAGUGACCGAUGAAGAUAUCAGAUUCCGUCCUGCCUUCACCAUCCCUAUUUGUCCCUGUGGUGCUGGACCUUGUCGAAGAGUUAAAGACGUUUCUGGUAGAGCCUACCUUAUAUGCUGCAUCAAAAAGGGUUUUGGAGCAUGUGGAUUUUUCAAGUGGGAAGAUGUUGAGCUGCUUCAGAGCUGUGAAUCAAUAGAUGAGAUUGAUUUCUGGAUGGAAGCUGAUCAGAUUUUGAGUGGUGUUGAGAAUAGUUUCAAGCCUGGUGUUGGUGUAACUGUGAAAGAAUGUCUAGCUUCUGUUAGCGGCGUAGAGGAUGGUUCGAUACUCGAGAAUCCGGAUGUCAUGUCUGUUUCUGAUACACAUUCUGCUGCUGCUGCGAACCAAGGUGUCCCUCUGUUUGAUCUGGUUCUGAGCGAAACUGAAGAGCCAUGGAACAAGACUCUACCUGGUGAUCAGCCAACAACUUCUACUGUUUCCAAGCUGAGUGUGGAUGAAGUAAUGAGUGAUUUCAUCAAAGAUACGGUCUCUAGUGGUUCUGUUGUGAUACAUGAAAGGGCAAACCAUGAGCAACCUGGAGCUCGUGAAGCUGAGGGUUCAUUCCCUUACUUGCAGGACCUAAUUGAACGAUACAACUCGGAGAAGCUUCAGUUGGAGAGUUUGUCUGGGAAACAUGUACAAUUGUUGAGUGAGUUUAUGGCGUCGUACAGGCGACUAAGGUUGCUUCAUGAGAAAACUUGUCAUCUCAGGAAAAGUUUACUUGAAACAGAGAAGGAGAUAGUUUGUUGUGAGGCUGAGACAUUAGAAUUUGGAGCAAGUUGCAGGGAAGUGGCUGGAGAAAUGGCUGAGUCUCAGAAGAGGAUGCAGGAGAUAGCAGAGCAACUAGGAAAGGAAGUAGAUGUGUUUAAGCAAAAGGAGUUUGUUCCUCUGAAAAGGAGACGAAGCUGAGUGAGUGGCAUUGUAAAUGUUGGAAGGUAAUUAUCACUUGUUAGUUGUUACAGUUGACUUUUAACUCCUUAAUUCCAACACUUUUAACACUACGGUAUCGGAUAACUUGUAUAGUAGACUGGUUAGAUUAA